CCCCGGCGCACAGCCGCGGCCGGGGCGCGCGGCGCGGGGCGGAAAAGCCUGUUUACACAGACUGCACACCGCCUGGGGAAUAAUGCAGUAAAGGAAGUGAGCCGGCUCGGCCUGACUGCUCCAACUUCCUGCUCUCACACACACCAGAGGGAAAAAAAAAAAAAGAGGAGCGAGAGAAAGAAAAAAAAAGGGGGGGAAAUCAGGAUCUCAUUACAAGAGCAACAGACCGUCUGCAGACGCCUGUCAGCAUGGAAAGUCGGGGGCUUUCGCCCGGUUCCUCCUAGAAAUUCCCCCGAAGAAGGAUCUUGAAAGCUCCCCCACAUCUGGGUAUGGAGAGUGCAAUCACGCUGUGGCAGUUCCUGUUGCAGCUGCUGCUGGACCAGAAACAUGAGCACCUGAUCUGCUGGACCUCCAACGAUGGUGAAUUCAAGCUGCUCAAGGCAGAAGAAGUGGCCAAGCUGUGGGGACUCCGGAAAAACAAAACGAACAUGAACUAUGACAAGCUGAGCAGAGCCCUGCGGUACUAUUAUGACAAGAAUAUCAUCAAGAAGGUAAUCGGGCAGAAGUUUGUGUACAAAUUUGUCUCUUUCCCGGAGAUCCUGAAAAUGGACCCUCACGCGGUGGAGAUCAGCCGGGAGAGCCUCUUGCUGCAGGACAGCGAGUGCAAGGCGCCCCCCGAGGGCCGCGAGGCGCACAGACACGGCCUGUCGGCCCUCAAGAGCGCCAGCCGCAACGAGUACAUCCACUCAGGCCUGUACUCGUCCUUCACCAUCAACUCCCUGCAGAACCCGCCCGAGCCCCUCAAGGCCAUCAAGACGGAGAAGCUGGAGGAGCCGCUGGAAGACAGCCCCCCCGCGGAAGAAGUCAGGACUGUCAUCAGGUUUGUGACCAACAAAACCGAUAAGCACGUCAGCCGGCCCGUGGUGUCCCUGCCCUCCACGUCGGAGGCCUUCCUGGCCUCGUCCGUGUCCGCCAAGAUCUCCUCCUUAAUGUUGCCGAACGCCGCCAGCAUCUCGUCCGCCUCGCCCGCCUCGUCUCGGUCCCCGUCGCUGUCCCCCAACUCGCCCCUCCCUUCCGAACACAGGAGCCUCUUCCUGGAGGCCGCCUGCCAUGACUCGGAUUCCCUGGAGCCCUUGAACCUGUCGUCGGGCUCCAAGACCAGGUCUCCAUCGCUCCCCCCAAAGGCCAAAAAGCCCAAAGGCUUGGAAAUCUCCGCACCCCCACUGGUGCUCUCCGGCACCGACAUCGGCUCCAUCGCCCUUAACAGCCCGGCCCUCCCCUCGGGCUCCCUCACCCCAGCCUUCUUCACUGCCCAGACGCCGAAUGGACUGCUUCUGACCCCGAGUCCACUGCUGUCCAGCAUACAUUUCUGGAGCAGCCUCAGUCCAGUUGCUCCACUGAGUCCUGCCCGGCUGCAAGGGCCAAGCACGCUGUUUCAGUUCCCAACACUGCUUAAUGGCCACAUGCCAGUGCCAAUCCCCAGUCUGGACAGAGCUGCUUCUCCAGUACUGCUUUCUUCAAACUCUCAGAAAUCCUGAUGACAUCUGGCCACAAUUUAAAGACUCAUUAACUGAUGAAACAAAUUUGUCCCCAUGGGCUAGUUUACCUGUGUCGUGAGAAGGAUGUUGUGAAACCCGUCUGUUAAUUUGGUUUGCACUUUUCAUAACAUGGAUGGUCUAGAUUUAUGUUAGCAUUUUAAAAACUUUUUUAUAUUCAAGUAUAUAUGAAAAUCUGUUUUGCAUUAAGUGAAUUUUAAUGUUUUUGUUUUUAUAUCUUAGCUCUUAAGUGUUGAACACUGUUGACAGUGAAGAACUUUUCUAAAUGGUUUUCAAUGUAAUAAGGAUGUGAAGCUUUCUUCCUCUUUAAUUCUGCAAAUGCUGAACUGUGCUUAUAUACACUAUAACCAGCUGUGCCUUCCUUUGCAUUUAGUUUAUUGUAAAUUAUCUAUAUAUAUAUAUAUAUUUUUAGUAUUAAGAGAAAAUGUUUGAAAGACAAAAAUUAGUAUCAAACAACUCUCUAGUAGAAUUUCAUUAUUUUUCACAAGUAGGCAAUAUGAAAGCAUUCAUUACUUUUCUUUUUGGCUUUCAACUGUAUGAGACUGCCUUAGAACCUCUUUUGAACUGAAAUUCAGUGACUAUAAUGUCCAAGUAAUGUUUUUAUAAAAAACAACUAAGCCAUAUUUAGACAAUAAACUUUCAUAAAAGAAUGUUCUAAAGUGCAUUUUUUGAAAAAUGAACCUUGAAAGGCUAGCCUCCUGUUUACAUUUCUUUGAGACUCCUUCCACACAAAAGCCUGAGAUGGAAAAACGACAUAAAGUUCACUCAAUCUAUGCCCCUGGAAUAUUUCCUAGGUUAGCACAUUCUUAUUUUAAAAAAUUAACCUGGUUCUUCCCAUUUUCCAUUGAGAAUCAUACCUCUCUGAUGCAUUUACUGUAUGUAAGUUAGGGUUUCUCUGAACCCCAGAAAUUAUAAUUAACAUUUAAAAAUCCUAUGCUUUGGAAAAGGUUCACAGACUGGUGAUGAAUACAUAUAACAAAGAAAACAUUUUAUACCAGGUAUCUUCAUGUGUAUGGGUAAAGCCUUGGUUGUGGAAACUGAGGUGCAGGAUACACUGCUUUAUGUAUUACUGUUCAUGGUGAGAAUGAAGGAAAAUUGAUUAAAAAAAAAUACAUAAGUUCUUCAGGAAACUUAUCAUUGUGAAACUGAACUUAUUAUGUAACAAUCUGUAGUACUAAGCAGUGAAUCCUUUUGUGUAGUGCAGUUUAGAACAGUGAUAACAGAAACAUUUUUUGUUCCUUCAAAAAAAUCAGCAGGCACCAGUCUAAGGUGCCAGUCUGUGCAUGAAGUAGUGAAGUUCUAAUGUAAGACACAAGAACUGAGAGGUGCCCAGUGCGUGCAGCUACAUGACCUAGUUACCAUCCUUAACUGUAACAGAAACCAAUUUGAAAUGUGGCUAAAUAAUUCACUGAUCCAAAUGAGGCGUUAAAUGGCAGGGAUUAUGAGAAAGGGUGAAAAACAAACAUACAUUUGAGUUUUCAAGCAUUCUAAAAUUAUGUUGCGACACUUAACGCUUGAGAUGUUCAACUGGAAUUGAGCUUGAGAUUUUCAGGAAUUUUAUUUGGUGAUGUAAGCCCUUAUCUGGGGGAAAAAUAUGCAUCCUUGAAUAUAAAGUUGCGACACUUAACGCUUGAGAUGUUCAACUGGAAUUGAGCUUGAGAUUUUCAGGAAUUUUAUUUGGUGAUGUAAGCCCUUAUCUGGGGGAAAAAUAUGCAUCCUUGAAUAUAAAGUAAUGGGCCUGGUUCCACAAUCUGCAAGGAGACACUGUUGUCACUACCCACAGGCUAAGGAUAAUUCUGUACCAAAAUAAAAGAGCUAGUCCAGGGGACUGGUGUUCACCAAACAUAAAAUGUUAGAAGAGGCCUCUGAGAUACAUCCAACCACCAUUUCCAGGUAAGGACAACUGCACAGAAGCGGGAAUGCCUAAAGCUACGUAGCUCAUUGAAGGCAGAACAAUGACUGGUGUUCAGUCCAGUUCUACUUCCCCAUGCCCAGCUGUAAGGUAACUGCUGGCCCAAAACCGCAUGUUAGGUAGGAAAAAACAAAAGAGCAUUAAAAACAAACAAAAAACUUGUCAGAUAAGAGCAUACCUCAAAUGCAAGAUUCUUACAGAGAAACUAAGUCAGUCAAUGUGCAAAAACCUCAACCUCGUAUUCCCUUCCUCCAAAUACUAUGAUUAACAUAUACUCUAGCUCCAUUUAUUAGAAAUGGAAAAAACAGUAAUUUUUGAUGCACCAAAAAACUCACAUAACACAAAUAGAGAACUGGAGGUGUUGAAGUAUAAUCCUUAUUGCUCUGCCUCAUUCUGUGUGUGUGUGUGUGUGUUGGGUUUGUCUUUUUUUUUUUUUUUUAAACAAUUAUUUUAGUAAAAAAAUAGGUUUCGAAGAACAUAAUAAGUUUGUUUUCCCUUUUUAUAUGUUUGCUUGAUCAGUGUUAAAAUGCUAUGGUAAAGUUUAUAGAACUAUAACCUAACUGUUGGUCUCUUUGUACACAUCUUUUCUAUGACUGCAAAUCUUCACUCAAUUUUCAUAUAUGUAUCAUUUUUACUGUUAUAUUAUUUUUGUUCAAUAAAUACUUUGUGAUAAAAGGUG